GCUCAUUUUUAAAGCUCCUCGGUUCGUGAUUUAGGUUAUCCUGGGGCACGGCUACACACUGUAAUGGAAGACCCUCGUUCCGUUGGUGAAAUGACAUCGCAAUUUCUAAACCCUUUCAUUUUGCAGGGAAACAACCUUGUCUUUCUGUGGAGAGUCAGAAAGCAGGUAGAGUAGUCGGAUCUUCUGCGUUUCAGAAGACCACUCAUUUCAUCAGGUAGUGUCGUGACACAAAAUCUAAAAAAAUGGCACCGAAGUUCGAUCCUAACGCGGUCACGUACGUGUACGUGCGUCAGUAUGGUGGUGAGGCCGCCCCCUCCUCCGUGUUGGCCCCGAAGAUCGGUCCUCUUGGUACUGACCUGAACUUUUGCUUACUUUUAGAGGAUAGCAUUUACAGGACCUAUCUUACGCGACUCGUUAAUGUUAGAUCGGCGGUGUUGUGGCUGUCACGGUGAUGACAAAAUUUUUUCCCUCAAGACCGGUAUACGGGUGGUUGGGAAAUUUCAACAGUAGGGUCUGAGCCACGAAAGAUUUUUGUUACUCUAGAUGCAACUACCCCGAUCUCAUGUGUAGUUCUGCUACCCUCUUACCAUUUUCAAUGGUUUUCUAAAGCUUCUCCAUAUCACAAAUCCAAUUUAAACCUCAGGUAUGUCACCGAAGAAGAUCGGUGAUGAUAUUAUCAAGAACUCGACUCAGUGGAAGGGUAUUCGUAUCACCGUCAAGCUGACGAUCGCAAAUCGUCAGGCUAAGGUCGAUAUCGAGCCGAACGCGAGCUCCCUCCUUAUCAAGGAGCUCAAGGAGCCGAUCCGCGACCGCAAGAAGACCAAGAACAUCAAGCACAGCGGUAUGAGGCUUCUUGAAUUAGUGAAGAGGUUCGCCGUGUAAGAUGAAAAUGCUGACAUGAACCAGUCCUAGACGAACUUUAGACGCAGAAAUCGUUGGUAUAUAUAUAUUCCCGCAUUUUAUGUUCAUCCUUUGCAAAUAUAUUUGCUCGUCUCAGGUAACAUCUCCAAGGAGCGUCUGUUUGCUGUCGCCCGCACUAUGCGUGAAAAGUCCCAGGCCAAGACUUUCAAGGGAACUGUGAAGGAAAUGUUGGGUACAGCAUUCUCUAUCGGUUGCCAGGUUGAUGGGUCCAACCCGAAGGAUCUCCAGGAGGAAAUCGAUAACGACACCUGGGCUGUCCCGGAAGAGUAGAUCCUAAUGCUGCCAGAGAAGUGAAGCAGUCUAACCUAAAACGACGAAGUUUCUGGGCUUUUUCGGAGUGGCAUGAUGGGACUAGGGUUGGAGAUCAGCUGCGGAACAAGAUGAAAGACGACUUGAUGUUCAUGAGGCUUAUAGAGAAAGGUGUCAGCAUAUUUCGCGCUCGGUGCUGCAUUGCUCUUUGUGAUAUCCUGAAACUUCGUUGUUUUACCUGGUGAAUUGUUAAUCCCAAGUGGGUGAGACUACCUACCGAACAAAAAAGAUGUCUUCCCUCUGUGGAGACACUAAAGGAAGAUUAUGCGUAAUUGAGAGUGUUCACGAAAAGCAUAGAAAAGUUUCUAUG